UAUAAUAAUGAAGCCAGUAUACGAUCCACUGGCUCUCAGUUUUCUGUUGCAAAAUUUCAGUCUUAAUGGGGUUCCAUCUCGGGUACAUCUUCGCUCUUCUCACUCUGGCAGUGGUGGCAUUGGCAAGCCAUGCUGCUCUUCCAGUAGCUCAACUUUACUGGAACUCCGUCCUACCCAACACUCAAAUGCCCAAAGCUAUCAGUGAACUUCUCCAACCAGCUGAAUUCAUUAUUGAAGAUAAGAGCACCCCAGCUGAAGUAGAGAACCCAGAUGCCAAGAAAAUGUAUGCCUAUGCAGCAGAGAACCAUCAAUUCCGUGAAGACCCCAACGCGGCAGCUCUUGUCUUCUUGGAAAAGAACAUACGUCCUGGCACAACAAUGAACUGGCCCUACGCUAGAAAUACAAACACAGCCACUUUCCUGCCGCGCAGAACUGCCGAAUCGAUCGCCUUCUCAUCUACCAAACUCCCAGAAAUCCUUAAGCACUUCUCACUGGAACCAUCAUCUGUGGAAGCUAACACAAUCAAGGAAACAAUCCAGGAGUGUGAAGCGCCAGGCAUUAAGGGAGAGGAAAAAUAUUGCGCAACGUCUUUAGAAUCAAUGAUUGAUUUCACCACUUCCAAGCUUGGAACAAGUGUUGAAGCCUUGGUAUCGACAGAGGAGGAAAAAGAAGCCACCAUAUUUAUGCACAAGUACACAAUAAUGCCUGGAGUGAAGAAGUUGGAAGGCGAAAAAGCCGUCAUGUGUCACAAGCAGAACUAUCCUUACGCUGUGUUUUACUGUCAUGCAAUAAAACAAACAAGAGCUUAUAUAGUGCCCCUUGUUGGUGCCGAUGGGGUGAAAGCUAAAGCAGUAGCAGUCUGCCAUAUCGAUACAUCCGAAUGGAACCCUAAGCAUUUGGCCUUCCAAGUGCUCAAAGUUAAGCCCGGAACCGUUCCCAUUUGCCAUUUCCUUACCAAUGAUCAUAUUGUCUGGGUUCCAAAGUCUAUCUGAUGGAUGAUCAAUUAGCAUUCUGAUUAAAAUAAAGCUUGAUAUAUGUUGUCAAGCAUGAUAUCAAAGCCUUACAAGCUCUGUGUGUGUGUAUACACUUGCACCUAUGUAUAUAUGUAUGUUGUAUUUGAUCCUUACAUUAUCUCUGUGUGUGUGUGUGUGUUUUAUUUGGCAAUUACAUUUUGCAUCA